AUGGGCCUCCAUGACAUCGGCCUGCCCCAGGAGAAGCUUCCACAGUGCUGGUCUGACGAUGUGCGGAUGAAUGCUCUCUUUGCACCCUUUCGAUUAAAGUCCGCCAAUCCAGAAUCAUGGGAUAUGAAGAUGAAAUUUUGGUCCGACAUCGCGCGUCGGUGGUGUAUACAUAAAAAUGACCCAAUAAUAUCCGCGUCGGACAUAAAAUUCGCUUUUCAACGCAACGGUCGAACGCCUGCCUGCAUAGACAUUGUGGUUGAAGAAAUGUUUCGAAGCGGUGAGCUGUGUCCCCUGUCUAAAUAUCAGCAGAUCCUGCAUAAUGGCCCAGAGGGCUGGGUCUUGUGGGGAGCAAAACUUGCUUUCAAACCGGCCGCUUUGGCUCUAACAGCUGUAACCUCUUUGUUGCCUACCCGACAAACUGUGGACAAUGACGGUUUGCCAAAGAGCAAUAUAGACUCAACACAAAGAUUUGUCCUGGAAAGUGUUCUCAAGGAUCAAGCGAUAGAAUUUCUCAAUAACUACCCCCCUGGUGUGGAGAGAAUUGGCACUAUUGAGGAUCUGAUGAGAAAUGUGGAGCACGCGAAAAGAGAAACAUUUGAGUUGCUAAUCGGGUACCUGGUGUCCCAGGGUGCAGCUGUUAAGAAAGAUGACAUUGUAAAGUUGGCCGAACCGAAUAAGACAGUGGAUCCUAUAAACGAGUUAGAUGCAGCUCUCGUAAAACUGAUGUCGGCUGAGAAACGGCUUAACGAUGACCUGAUGCGACUCAACAAGGAGGUGCUCUCCGUUGAUAAUGAUGUUAGAGCUGCUCUUAAACUCGGGAACAAACUUGCAGCUAAGAAGCACCUCCGACGCAAACACAUGGUACAACAGAGAGUGGAAAAGUGUGAAGCAGCAUUACUUAAUGUGCAGCAGCUGCUGCAGCAAACGAGGGAAGUGGACGUCAACACAGCUGUAGUCGAUACAUACAGGCUCAGCGCAAAGGCAAUGAAGAACACCAUGAAGGAGGGUGGUCUGGAAGAGGACCUCGUUCAUGACACAAUGGAUGACCUUAAAGAGGUGAUGGAUAGUUACAACGAAGUGGAGCGGGCGUUAGGUGGAACCAUCGAUGAUGUGGACCUCAACGAAUUGGAGCAAGAGCUGAACGAACUGCUCUCCGGCCCUGGCGGAGGCGAGGGGGGCACGCCGCAGAAGGACAGGGAUAUAAAACUGCCCUCGCCACCUAUGGCGAAACCCAAAAGGGUCUCCGAAAGGGACUUUGUCUUCGAUGGGGAAGAGCAAAUGUUGGCUGACCUCAACCAGCUGGAUCUGGAGGACGCUAGUCCCCGAAGGGGGAGAGGAAAACAGCCCGUGCCCCUUGUUGUGGGAGAAUCUUCAAAAGAACCCUCGACAACCAAGUCUUCGAAGGUGGAUAAAUCGAAACCGUGGUACCCCCCGGAGGGUGAGUGCUUACGGGAUAACUGGAGUCGACCAGACUCAAACCUCCAGGACCUCAGUCGGGAGUACGCGGAACUUAGACUCGACGAGAGACUGCAUCCAGGCCAAGAGCUGAACGUGGACUUCAGCCGGUCUCCGCGUCACUUCGGCGCCGAGUUCCAAGUCCGCGACCACAAGAGCGCCUCCGGGGUGUGGCUCUUCAACAGUGAAGAUACGAGGCGGGCUGACCUCGCCGCGAGCACGCGCUUCUCAGGAGCAUCCAGUCCGGGAAAGGCGGAGAGCUCGUUUCUGAUGGCGGUGGGUGGCGAAAGGAAAUCCCCCACGCAGCCGUCACCCACUCCCGCCUCCCCCUCGAAGACCUCCAGCAGUGACGACGACCUUCAGGAGCUGCAGAAGAGACUCGACAGCUUGAGAGGUUUCAAGUUAUAG